AAAAAUUAACAAGUCCCCAAAUAAAAACAAUCAUUUCCAUUUUCCCUCAGGCGACUAUAAAAUCUCCAUCCUCCGAUCCUCUCUUAUUAUUGUCUAUUCUCAAACAUUAUAAUUUACAAUAAUAUGGAUGAAGCCAUCUUCAAGAUGCUCGCCGGGAACCCCACCGACUUCUCCGCCGCCCCCGCGGCUCCCACCCCUCCGCUUUCCCGGAGGUGCACCUCCGUCAGGAGGGCCAACCGGGACGGUAGCUCCACCGUCGUCGGGGGAGUGAAAUACCGCGGCGUCCGCCGACGCCCGUGGGGCCGCUUUGCGGCUGAGAUCCGAGACCCCAUUUCGAAGGAGAGGCGGUGGCUCGGGACCUAUGACACGGCCGAGGAGGCCGCCUGCGCGUACGACGCGGCGGCCAGGGCCAUGCGGGGGGCGAGGGCGAGGACCAACUUCUUCUACCCGCCGUCUCCCCCGCCGCCCCUGCAUUCCGCCUUCCUUCACCGCCCCAUGCUGACGUCACUGAACAGCGACGUCAGCAUGGACUCAUACCCUAUUAAUAACACUCCAUCUCCAUAUUUCUUGAGUCAAAUCUCUUCUUCGUCGUCACACUCCGGCAACAAUUCCAUUUAUACCCCUCCGACAUGCACGGCGUCGCCUCCCUCCCCGAAACCUCCGACGACGACGACGUUCGAUCAGAGCGAAGAGAUAUUCAGCUCCGGCUCGGAUUUCUUUCAAUCUCCGCCGUCCAAAUCCGGCCUUUUAGAAGACGUGGUUAACGCCUUCCUCCCGAAACCUCAGCCGUCGAAAUCCGGGCUUUUAGAAGACAUUGUUGUUAGCGGCUACCUCCCAAAAUCUCAGCCGUCGCCGCCUCUAUCCGCCGGUGACGGUUGUGAUCAAAAUGGUGUUUUAGUUGGGGUCACCGGCGAUCAUUUCGAGGGAGGAGAUUUUCGGAGUUUCAGUUACGAUACGGCGCCGUUUCAUUUUUCCGGUGAGUUCCCGGCGUGGAGCGGCGGCGAAGGAGGUGUUUGGGAUUAUUUAACUGGGAAGCAACAGCAUAUAUAAAUAUAUAAUACUUUUAUUAAUAACUACUAAAUAAUGGU